CAAAUUCAGCUUUUAAAAAAUGCCAGAUUUCGAUGGGAGUGACCAACCUCCGGGCUAAGCUUUCACGUACAGUGACUCCUUCAAAAUUGGUCCGUCGGGUGGAAGCGGCAUGCUUGGACGCGCCCAUCAGUUUAAAGUCACUUACCCAGUAGCAACCUAACAGUGGCAACAUUAAAUUUGCAGCAUUUAGCUGUUGUGAGGAUGUCGUGAAGAUCACGCCAAUCCCCACCCCGGGGAGUACAGAUGCACAUCCGGUUCCAUUUCCUGACACCCGUCCGAUCCGGGGGAGGGUUUGCGUGUUGCUGUUUGCCUUUCUUACCCCAAAGGACAAGGAUCACGAUUGGAAAUAAGGAACAAUCCGGAUUCGUGGAACAACUAAGUUUCCAUUAUCACAAGUCUGGCUGCUGUAAAGAUAAAAAGGGAAAACGGAUCGAAUUCACCAGCCCGAGCUCGGCUGCUCAUGUCGGGUGGCUUAUUGCUUCUUACGAUGUCGCUAAUGCGGCCAAAAUUGGCCUCACUUCGGAUUCCGAACAAUCCCCGAGGUUUACCGCGGAGGGGAUAACCUCGCAAGAUAAGUCGAUUACGAUUCGAAAUCGUGCCAAGGAAGUUGUCGCCACAGGAAAGGUAACUGUCUACACGGUUUCCCGAGGGUCUCUGAACUUUGAAGAAAUCGAGAUCACGUUACCCCGCUGGGGAGACCCGUCCGUGUCAGAGGUCGAAAGGGAGAUAAUCUUCGCCGUACUCGUCCUCUGGGCAAUCAACGCACAAGAUAUAGUUCGAAAGGGGAGUUUGAUCAAGACCUUGCUUGUAGGCACGCCAAGGGCACCAAUACAAUAUCGUUCCAGCUAGCCGUCACCAUUCUAAUACUGCUAUUUCUUCUUCUUACAUAACCCAUGGUGACAAUCCGGUUCAUCUGAACUAAAAUUAAUUAAUUCAUAAUUAUUCAUUCAUAAUUCAUUUACAAUUAUUCAUUCAUAAUUAUUCAUUCAUAAUUCAUUACAUUUGCCUGAUCGAGAUGGCAAUGAGUCAUUGAAA